ACCAUUUGAGUGACUUCACUUUUCCCUUCCACAUGUUCUCUCUUAUCUUUUAAAUUCACCAAAGAAGAGUGAACCUGCAAAACCCUGGGCACCCCACCCUCACCCCAGCAGAGGCAGAGCCCCAGGUCUGAGCUCUCUCUGUGAGACCUUGCUGUGUGGCCUCAGCAGUGCCGUGCACCCUCCAGGACGCCCAGGACAUCUAGAAAAAGAAGAGAAGACAGCUCACAUUCCAGAAGGAGACACGCAGCAGUGAGUUCCCAAGCCCCUUCUCAGCUCUGCCCACACUCUCCUGCCUGCCUGUCCAGCAUCAUGAAGGUCUUCCUGGCUGCCGUCUUUAUCCUUCUCUGCACCGUGGCCCUCUGCUCCUAUGCACAAGAAAGGGUUUACACCCCACCCACUUGCUGCUUCACCUACAUCUCCGGGAAAAUCCCCCACAGAAAUGUGGUUAACUAUUUUAAGACCAGUAGCAACUGCGCCAGACCUGGUAUCAUCUUCCUCACCAGAAGGGGCCAAUAUGUCUGUGGCAAUCCUGCUGACAGCUGGGUCCAGAAAUACAUCAGGGACCUGAAGAAGAGCCCCUGAGUGGGGCAGAAGGAACCCACUGAAAUGUGGAUAGAGAUUGGGCAGCAGGGACCUGAACCAGGGGACUGCAAGCCCAGAAGUUCCCUCUCCCAUGCGUCCCUCUCCCCUCCACUCACCACAUUCUGGAAACUUUCUUUACUUUAGUUGAGCUACUGAAAUGCUGUAAAUCAUUUUAUUCACUUGUUGCUUUCUCUGAGAAAUCCUAUGAUUUCCUCUCAAUGAAAUCCCUCUCAUUCCCAAGCCCCUUCCCAGUCAAUCACGCAGAGGCUGAUGGGUAAUGAUUUACACUCCUGUCUCUGGGUAGACCUUGGACCACAUCCAUCAACAGAUGCUUAUUGAGUUUUUCUGAGACUUUUCCUCUGUUAAAAAUGUUAGAAUAAUAAAAAUUAUUCUUGUUUCUUAAAUAUA